AUGGAAAUAGUAUUUACUCAAAAACAUACAAAUCAAUAUGGAAUUGAUAUACCUGAAAAGUUUAAUGUAAUUGGAAAAUAUUGUUUUAGAAAAUGUUAUGACUUUGUUGAUUUUGAUAUCCCAACACAUGUUACUAGAUUAGAGGGAGAUUGUUUUUUUGAAUGUGAAUCAUUAAUAACAGUUAAUAUACCUACAUCAAUUAGUGAAUUACCUGAGGAUUGUUUUUAUGGAUGUUCAUCAUUAACAUCUAUUAAUAUUCCAACAACAAUUAGUAGAUUAGGAAGUUGGUGUUUUAGUGAAUGUGCAUCAUUAACAUCAAUUAACAUACCAUCAUCAAUUAAUGAAAUAGGAGUUGGUUGUUUUUGUGGAUGUAAAUCAUUAACAUCAAUUAAUAUACCAACAUCAAUUAAAUACAUGGGAAAUGAUUGUUUUUGUAGAUGUUCUUCAUUAACAUCUAUUAAUAUACCAACAACAAUUAGUGAAUUAGGGGGAAUUUUUUUUUAG